AUGAAGACAACUCUAUUCUUCCUGAUCGUCGCUCUGUGUGCAGUUGCAUUGGCUGCUCCAUCAUCUGAGCAGAAGCGAGAAGGAAAGGGCAAAGGCAAGGGCCGCCAGGAGAUGGCGGAUUCCGGCUCGGCAGAGGGUGCACAGGACGAUAGCCAAGAGGAAAACCGCGGAGGAAAAGGCAAGGGAGCAAACGGUAGAAUGACCGAAAAGGGUGGAAAGGGCGGAAAGGGCGGAAGGGGCGGAAAGGGCGGAAAGGGUGACAUGGAAGAUGAGAUGGAAGGCCCCAGACGGCGUAUGGAUGGUCCGAUGGGAAAGGGCCAGCAGAAGGAGAAUGGAAAGGGUCGUGAUGCAAAGCCGAAGGAACAUGGCAAAGGAAAAAAGAACUAA